AUGUCCAAGGGAGGCGGUUUAGAUUCGCCUCCAGCAAAUAAGCUCCCCUUGUCCAUUUCGGGACCCAACGACCUCUCGCAAAUCCUUGGAACUAGGGGAACAAUACAGGAGUUUGAGGAGUUGAUGUCCUCGUCAUCACGAGUACGGCAAGGAACGUCGACUCUUUCGAGCAACGAAGGCUCCAAAACGGACAUUUACGGAGGAGGAGAUGUGGGUCAGCACCAGCUUCGACUAUCUUCAAAAGAUCAUUUGUUCUACGAGGUCACUGUUGAUGAUUCCAACGCGAAAAUUAGUUUCAGACAUAUGCCUGAAGUUCAGAGUUCAUCACGUCGACUAACACCACCCAGGGAACUCGCAAUUCCAGAAACCCCUCUCUCUACUGGAAGUGGUAGUCACACGGUGGAGUACCGUAAUCAAAUCGAUCCAAAUCGACCCACACCACUGUCUGUAAAAUGUUUUGCUUGA